AUGAUUGUCAUUAACAUAGCAGUUCAAUAUUUAGCUCUAUUUUUGACAAUCAAUCAAUUAAUGGGUGUACCAUUUAAUCAGCCUAAAUUCUGUCCAUCAACAAAUUGGAAUCCUAAUGCUAUAACUUUUGCUAAUACCAGCAUAGCUGGUGCAUGUUCGAAUGUUAUUUUUAUCAAUAAGACCAACGGUAUUUAUAUAACAGAAAACUGCAACAGUCAAGUUCAAGUAUGGGUAGAAGGAAAUAUGACUCCAGUGAGAACUAUGUCAUUUGGUUUAAAUCAACCACAAGGCCUCUUUGUUAGGACUAAUGACAAUGUCUUUAUUGAUAAUGCUAGAUAUAAUGGUCGAGUCGAAAAGUGGAUGUUAAACAGCACGUUUGGUAGGAUUGUUAUGAAUGUUACUGGACCGUGUUAUAGUCUUUUCAUUGAUUUCAAUAGUACUCUCUAUUGCUCUAUGGGUACUCAAAAUAUGGUUGUCAAAGUACCAUUGAACAGUGGUGGAGUUGUACCAACCAUUGCUGCCGGUACAGGAGGUGCUGGUUCUAGUGCAAGCAUGCUUUCAAAUCCUCACGGAAUAUUUGUCGACAAUAAUCUUACACUAUAUGUAGCAGAUUGUAGCAACAAUAGGAUCCAAAGCUUUGCAUUUAAUCAAACUAACGGAACAACUAUUGCAGGAACUGGAGCAAGUGGAACAAUCAGUCUUACCUGUCCAACUGGAAUCAUGUUUGAUGCUGAUGAAUAUCUUUUUAUUGUGGAAUAUGGUGGUAGUCGUAUUAUUGGAUCAAGUUUUAACGGAUUUCGAUGUAUCGCUGGCUGUAGAGGACCGGGAAGCUCACCCAGUCAGUUAAACACUCCAUAUAGCUUCAGUUUUGAUUCUUAUGGUAAUAUAUUUGUUGCUGAUCAGACCAAUUGUCGAAUACAAAAAUUUCUCCUGUCUACAAAUUCUUGUGCUGAAACAACGACUUCGCAAGCGACAACGAUAACAACAACGAUGAAUAUAAUUCACAGUUCGAAAAAAAUGAUUCAACUGACUACUCCAUCAAAAUUCACUGAUACUCUACCCAUCACAACAAACUCUCAUCAAAGUGUAUUAGAUAUAUUAAAAUACUGUUUUAAUGUUGAUCCAAUGCGUAAAGAAUUACAAAAACUUAAGCAAAAGAAGAAAAAGAAAAAAUGUCCUGUUAUUGUAAAAUAUGUUUAUAUUGAUGCACCAUCAAUACAACCUUCUGAAGUUCCAUUUUUAUCAGCAGAAGAGACAGCUAUGUAA